CCGGGACCAGGGGCCGACGAUGGCCAACCGCCCGGGCAGCAAGUACGAGGCGGUGCCGUCCUUCUCCGACUACGGCCGCGGCGGAGAUCGAGGUGGUGGCGGUUAUGGUUAUGGUGACAGGCGAGGGGACGACCGGUACGGAAGUCGAGACGACCGCUACGGGGAUAGAGAUCGAGGUGGUGGUGGUUAUGGUUAUGACAGACGAGGCGACGACCGAUACGGAAGUCGAGACGACCGCUACGGGGAUAGAGAUCGAGUGGGCGGUGGUUAUGGUUAUGACAGACGAAGGGACGACCGUUACGGAAGUCGAGACGACCGCUACGGUGACAGAGAUCGAGGAGGAGGCGGUGGCUUUGGCUAUGACAGACGAGGCGACGACCGAUACGGAAGUCGAGACGACCGCUACGGGGAUAGAGGUAUGGCCCGACCCACGUUUUCACCAGUGUAAACAACAGCAAUUUGCUUCUGGAUGCCAACUGCCGUGAUAGCGUCGUACGUUCGUGUUUCGUGGGUCCUUUC